AUGUUAUCUAAUGAAGAAACUGCAUUUAUUCUCCAUGCACUUCGACCAAUAUUAGACACUUUAGCAACUUUAUCAAAAUCCAUUCAAAUAAAAGCGGCUGAUUUCAAGCAAUUACAAGAUUUUUUAACAUCAACUCUCCUUCGACUUGAACAACUUAAAGACUACAGUUCUAAUGAUUAUGUUGCUAUAAUUGAAACUAUUCAAAAAUUAUCAUUAACAUCUACUACAACUCGAAUUUCAAGAUCAUCAAUAUCAAAUUUAGAAUUAAAUGUCAGUGAAGUUUUUUCUACAAAAGUUCUUCCCUUCAUUGAAAAUGUUAUUAAUAAUAUUCAAGCUCGUUUCGAACAUGGUACUCUGAAUUUACUCAAUUGUUUUAUGAUAUUUGAUAUGGAAAAUUUGAACGAUAAUAAGGAUUAUGGUGAUGAAGAAAUACGUACUAUUCAACAUCAUUAUGCAAGUGACAUUGAUGAAUCUAUUAUGUAUGAAUGGAAAACAUUUCGUACGUAUCUAUUAGCAAAAAAAAACAGUGGUAAACUUACGACCCACAGAGAAAUUUGUAUGAAACUUGUACAAGAUGGUAUGUUAAAGGAAAUUUAUCCGCAGUUGUCAUUAGCUGCAGAAAUCUUUUUGGUCGUACCUAUCAGUACGGCUACAGUCGAAAGAAAUUUCUCAACAAUGAAUCGAAUUCUCACGAAAUUAAGAAAUCAACUAACAACACAAUAUGUUGAUCAAUUAAUGAGAAUCUCCAUUGAAGGUCCAGAUACUUUAAAUGAAGAAAUCAAAGAAGAAAUAAUCAAUUACUGGAAAAAACUAAAACCACGUCGAUUAGCUGUUUGA